AUGUCAGCACACUCGAGGCAGAAUUCCGUGGUGCAAACUGCACCAACGGCUCAGAAUCCCCAAACUACAGUGAAAGGCGACAAAAUUGGGCCUUGGAAACUGGGGCCUACCUUGGGAGCAGGCAGUACAGGCAAAGUGCUUAUGGCACAACAUGAGUCCACAGGCCAGCAAGCCGCUGUGAAAAUAGUGUCGAAGUCAGUGUUUGGCCCACAAACCAGUAACAAUUCGUCGACAGUUGUUGGUUCGUCCGACCCAGACGUGCUACCGUACGGAAUCGAGCGUGAAAUCAUUAUUAUGAAACUACUGAACCAUCCCAACGUGCUUCGGCUGUACGACGUAUGGGAAACUAACUCGAGUCUGUACAUGGUUCUCGAGUAUGUGGAAAAGGGCGAACUGUUCAAUCUUCUGGUUGAUCGGGGUCCGCUGCCUGAAAAUGAAGCCAUUCGGUUUUUCCGUCAAAUUAUCAUUGGUAUCUCUUAUUGCCAUGCCUUGGGGAUAGUUCACAGAGACCUGAAACCUGAGAAUCUUCUGCUGGAUCACAAAUUUAACAUCAAGAUCGCAGAUUUCGGGAUGGCCGCGCUGGAGAGCAAAGACAAGCUUUUAGAGACUUCUUGUGGCUCUCCACACUACGCUGCGCCUGAAAUUGUGUCGGGUCUUCCCUACCACGGUUUCGAAAGCGACGUGUGGUCCUGUGGUGUCAUUCUGUUCGCUCUUCUCACAGGAAGACUUCCAUUCGACGAAGAAGAUGGCAACAUAAGAAAUCUGUUGCUUAAAGUUCAAAGCGGGCGCUUUGAAAUGCCAGAUACCAACGAAAUUUCACCAGAAGCUCAGGAUCUCAUUUCUAAAAUUCUCACAGUGGAUCCCACAGCCAGAAUUAAGGCGCGUGGAAUUCUAAAACAUCCACUCCUGCAAAAGUAUCCAAGUAUCAAAGACUCCAAGAGUAUUCGAAACCUACCUCGUGAAGACACGUAUUUGAAUCCACUUGACGAUGUUGAUGGAAACAUUGACGAUGCUAUUAUCCAAAACCUAGUUGUGUUGUGGCAUGGGCGUAACAAAGAAGAUAUUGUUGCUAAGUUGAGGGAGCCAGGCGCUAAUCUAGAAAAAACAUUUUACGCACUCUUGCAUAGUUUCAAAGCAGAUGCCAGCCAUAACCAGGAGCGCCGAUCUCAAGUCAAGCAGGGGUUUUCUCCCAAGAAGAGCAAUAUGACAAAAUCAACAUCGCGCAGAUCAAUCAACAAUUCUUCAACGCCUAAAAGAAAAUCGAAAGGGCCUAUUAUCAGUGCCUCGUCAUCGCAUAAAAGACCUGUUUCUUUCAAUAGACUUCCCGGUACUCUUGGUGCGAACACUGAUAAUAAGUCGCCCACCCCAAGCAAGUCUAAUGCCCUCAAUCUUUCAUCAAACAAAAGAGCGUCAGCACUAAUUAAUACCAACUCGCCAACACCCGCUAAUAAGAGGUCAUCUUAUAGAGACAUCAAUGCGACUGCGCCUCCUAUCCCUGUGGACAUGCUGAAGGACUACAACAAAUCCAAUUCGAAGGCGACAAAAAGAUCGUCACGCUCAAGCAAGAGAUUAUCUUUCUUGCCUGGAAGUAGUAAGCGCGGUUCCAUGACUUCAAAGCUGAUUGCUACAUUUGCCAAAAUCUCGGAAGACGACGACUGGGAAUACAUCGAGAAAGAGACUAAAAGGACAAGUGCUGACUUCGCGACUCUAUGUGAUCAAAUUUUCGAGCACGAAAAGCACGAGCAAAUCAGAAGAGAGAAGGAAGAGCUUGAAAGACGUGUGAGAGAAGCUAAAGAACAAGAAGAACGAGAAAGGAGGCAGCGUGCUGAAGAGGAGCGAAAGAAGCAAGAGGAAGAGGAACAGAAGCAACGACAAUUGGAGGAAGAAAACGCUUUGAGGCAAAAACAAGCGCUAGAACAAAUUGACCGCGAUAUGAAACUUAUCAAAACAGGUGGUGACGGUAGAAACGAGGCUGUUGGGACCCAAAACAGAUCGGUUUCUGCUCCAGCUGCAAAUGUGCUGAAUGUAGAAAAGCGUGGUUCCAUUUUGGGGUUAGAAAACGAUAUUCAAGAACUCCUCGAGAAAAGAACCUACUCCCUUCAGACAAGGCCUAUUUCUCGAUUAGAUCCAGGUAUUUUUGCGGACUCUGAACUGUCGCAGGCCGAAACUGAAGCUCGCGCUAAAGACCUCAAAACUGAGAAAACAAUCCUCGAAACAAUUCGAAGAUCAAAAUUUUUGGGAUCUUCAUUCGACAUCAAUAAAGAGUUGGCGAAGGACAAACGACUUAGAGAAGAAAAUGGACAGUCUUCAUCUAAAGAGCCAAAAAGCCAAGAUCGUGUUGUCUCUAAUGCUACCGUGAUUUCCGGUACUAACACGGGUUACAAAUCUCAGACUCUUCCCAAGAACGCUACCGCAAUGGCGCCACUAAGGGACAAAGCUAGUGAAAAUCCUCGGAAAAUCUCUGAGAUUCAGGUCCCACAAUUUACAAGACGGUCACGUCACUUCACAGCAUCGAACAAAAGGCUGUCGGUGCUUUCGAUGUAUUCAACUAAGAAUUCUUUCACAAACCUGGCGGACCAUCUGAAAAGUAAUGGAGAUCUUCAAUCUUUAAAUGGCAGCCCACCCUCUGCCUCGAGAAUCGAUCCAGAAGGAGAGUUCUUAUUUGAGAAUGUCGACAACGAGGGUAAAGACACGGCAGAAACAUCUGCAGAUAGUCGGUUGUACGAAGUCCCUGAAACUUCCAAACACGACACUCGUCACCCAGUAAAGCUGAACUUCGCCGACCGCUUCAACGACUCAGUGCCUCCGAACAAGUCAGUCAUAGACGAAUCAUCGACGGUAAAGCUGCCUGCUUUGCCGCCUUUGAAUGAACAAAAAUCUAAUGGUAUGACGGGUCUUGGUCUUUAUCAAGCGCCUUCUGAUGUGGGUGCAGAGGAAACUAAUGAAAGGUUGACAGUUCCGGAACCAUCGAGAAAGGUGACGUCAAUGGUGCCACCCCAACCAGAGCGUACCGAGAAGACCCUGCCAAAGCCGAUCUCCAAUGAAAGCGAGAAGCUCAAGGAUAAAGAGCUGACGAAAAAGGAAGCUGACGUAGCCAGAAGGCCACUCGAGGAUAUUACCCCGGCAGCCGCCAAGAAGGCCAACAAAUCUUUUUUCCGCAAGUUCUCUUCGAAAUCUCACGAAGACAAGAAAAGCCAAACGUAUAAUGCUGUCCUGCACACCGUUAUAGACGAGACACAAAUGUUCAACGCUUUGAGCAAGCUGUUAGUGGCCUGGAAAGAGUAUGGCUUGAAGGACGUCAGGGCAAUCCCUUCAGAGCGGAAGAUUAAGGGUAAGUUGAGCAGCGAUAACAUAUUUUCGCUGCGCUCAACCCUGUUCGAAAUUUCGAUCUUGCCAAACAAUAAGAACUCUCCAGGAUCUGACAUUGGCUUUGAGAAACUAUCAGGGUCAGGAAAGACUUUCAGAAAGCUUCUAUCUGAAAUUGAAAAGAUUCUUGAGUCUAAGAAAGCCCUGGCGUAG